AUUCCGAAUUCCAAUCCAAUCCCGUCCAAUCCAAUCCAAUCCAAUCCCGUCCAAUCCAAUCCAAUCCAGUCCAAUCCAAGCAUCGUCAUAAGUAUUUGUAAUACUGCGAGUUCGACUUUCCCCUCUCAACCAAACGGCAAAAAGCGUUCUGGACUUUCCUCAGCAUCAUCACAUCGACAGAUUGAAACGCGCCCCCUACUCCACUGUGACUGGGAUAACAUUGUGAAGAGAAGUGGGUUUUGUUUGUGAACAGACCCAGAUUCUCGCUCAGUAGAAGUCAUCGAAAUUAAGGUUUAGCCACUCUCAAUCAUAGGAAUUAAACAUUUAUUGCCGUGACGAGACAUCACAUCUUCACAUCUUCACAUCGUGUCAUCGUUACAUAGACACUUUCACUUUCGCAACUUCGCCCGGAAUUCUUUGGCAUUGAGAAUAAGGAUUGCAAAGAGAUCUACAAAGCUCUCUCGUCCAAGACUUCUUAAACUCGAUACUAAAGGCAUAGCGCAUACACGAUUCAGUCCCAGCGAUUUCCCAGUUUGCCAGGUUGGCCAUCCAUUGCGAAACGGGCGUGCAACGAUUCUUACCACCAUUAUUGCCGGACUCCCACUGCCAGACCAUCACACUCAACGGCGUAUCCUACCUAGGGCUUACGGUCGAUUCCCAAGAACGAUCGUUUUGUUCAGUCGAUAGAGUUUGGUGUCAACUUCACUAGCAGAUACAACUAACAUAUGCCCAAUUCACGCAUUGCCAAUAAGUCACCAGUAUCUACGGCGGCCACGAACAAAGUGGUCUAGCUCCUUCACUCUUCCGUCUCCCCCAACGCAACAUCUUGGACACUCAUCCCUCAUCCGCAAGCCAAGGAAUCAUCACCGUUGCUUACUCGCUCCUUUAUUUGUGGAAUCUCGAACAAGCCAUUGAGAGCACUCGGUCAAUAAUACCAUAUUUUUGUUUUGAUUUAAUUUUUUCUUUGACCUGAAAGAAGAAAGAAAGAAAGAAAGUUUUUCGAGCCCCACAUCCACCAUCCCAAACCAAGCAUACCAAGAACCCAUUUUCUUUCCCAUUGCCAAUUGCUCACAAUACCAUCUGUAACUGAACAAUUCUGAUCCAGCAAGCCUUUUGGAACUAAAUUGAAUUGGAUCUAACGAAUUUAUUCCCUACCCGAGUCAAGCGGGAUAACGUAUAGGAGAAGAUUGAAAUUCCCACUUGCAGUCUGCGUGGGUUCUAGAUAGAUACGCACAAACUACGACCACACUCUCACGAUACAUAGGACACUAGGACACUAGGACACUACGAUACUUGCGAUACUUGCGAUACUUACGAUACUUACGACACUACUACGACAACACUACGCACGCGCUAUCUACGACGCCACUACAAUAAAGCGAAACUCUAAAAAGCACAGACGCAAGACACCGAAGCAGAAGAAGCCGAGUUACCAUAACCGCAGGCACGCAUUCAUUCAAUCAAUCAAUCAAUCAAUCAAUCAUUCAUUCAUUCCAUUCCAUCUAGUGACACCCAAGAUUUCACUAAAGCCGAAUCACAUCUCCAAGCGAAAAGUGGAUACCAAAACAAUACCAUCAAUCAACCUUGGAAGAAGACCUAGUACAGUCAGUCAGUCAGUCAGUCAGUCAGUGUACUCGGAAAUCGGUAAUAAAAGAUUGGCCACUUUCCCGCUUUUAUCAAUUUUGCGGGUGAAGAAUUGAUUUGCUUGAUUUGAUUCGUUCAAUUCGUUCAAUUCAAUCUUUUCAUUUUUUUUUAAUUCGCUAUUGUGGAGACAGAUUGGAAAUUCAUUUUCAUAAUUUAAAGAGGAAAGAGAAAGAGAAUCAAUUCAUUAAUUAAUUGACGAUCAUUGCUCUGAUCAUUCCGAGGCACUUUCAUCAUUACGGAGCAUCGGUACUACUGACCAAGGUUGUAUCAGUCAAUUCACCCAUCAGUCAAUCCAUCAACCCCAUCCACCCAUCCAUCCAUCCAUCCAUCAGUCACGCAGUACCGGUAUCAGCCAGCAUCAGCCACUCUUACCUUUUACCUUCACUCUUCACUCUUGCCUACCCAGGCCAGGUACGGUACUCCACAAAACAACUGAUCUUUUUUUUCUCAUCUUUGAUUUUUUUCUUCUCUUCUCUUUCUUUGAUUAUUAAUAAGAAGAGUGAAGAAUUCCCCCAGAAGAUUUUAACCUUUUUAACCUUUUUUACCUUUUUGACCUUUUUGACUCUUUUUUACUCUUUUUACCUCUUUGAUCAUUGAAGAAGCCACCCACACCACCUUCAAUCCAUCCAUCAUCCACCACUAAAUCAAUUCACCAUCAAUUCAAUUCAUCAAUUCACCUACUCCUACUCCUACCACACUACCACACUACCACAACACUACCACACUACCACACUACUACUCCCAUUACCACUCACUACCAACUACCCAUUCACAUUCACACUCACACUACCACUCACACUUACCUUGAAUUGGCAAUCCAAAUAAUCAAUCCAACCACAUUCAUCCAUUGAUUUUACACGCCCUACUCUACUGCCUCGUUACAGACACCUCUACCUCUCUAGUUCCAAUUCCCAUCAUCCUCUCCAAAGGCUUAAAAGGGUUACUGUAAUUGUUUUUUUAAUUACACAACACGCUACACUAGUGUCAACCUUUUUUUUGACAUCUUUAGAUCAUCAUCGUCAAAUAAUUCCAAUCCACCACGAACCUUUGGAACUUGAGUCGAACUUGACUCGAACUUGACUCGGUUUCCCAAGACACCGGUCUUCGGAAACUUUUUGGCCAACUCCAGUCUCUAGUCCUCGAGUCUUGUCCCUUCUGGGAACACUCCACACACUACCUUCUCUUUGCCAAACUCGAUCAUCAGAGUUUCGAUCUUCAACUCGUUACUAAACUUUAAAUCCCAUAAAGACCCAUAUUCCAUCUCAGUCCCAGCAUCAUAAGUUGUCUCCUCCUCAAAGUUAGCGUCCUGGGGAUUUCGACCAAUCAAUCGUCCUGUCCAUCAACUCUCAUCACUCGGGAUUUCUACUUAAAGGGCAUCGUCUCCCAAGUUCUAUAAAUAAACCAACACCUCACUCUUUCUUACUUUCGACGGACUCUCAUAAGUUUCUACUUGAAGUAUACACUAGGCAACGUCAAGUCUAUACUUGAAGAAUCUUUCCAAGUGUGAUAUGUCCCUGGCCUCCACACAGCAUCCCUUCAAUAAUACUUUACCUUCAACAUCCACCAACGACACUGAGAGUAAGAAUCCCCCUGACGAGACAGAAGCAAACAUAAGUACGAUUAUUGGGGCAUAUACAAACGGUCAGAAACACACCUCUAUGGAACGAGGGUCUACCGCAUACACGCAGUCAGGUUUGCAAACGCCCUAUCCACACGCCUUCACAGACGCUCAAUCUGAAGAACCCCCUGCAGAUAAUACAUCUGCUGCGCAGUAUCCACCACAACAUCAAGACGUUCGUUCGAACCAAUACUCAACCGCAGCUACUCCAACUUCCGAGUACGGUGCUGCUUAUCCCCCAUCGUCGGCGCGUUCAGCCAACUUUGAUCAUUUACACAGAGCACAUUAUUCGAGCAAUAAUAGCAAUAGCAGUGGAGGAAUGGCUCAACCAACAAGUCCGUCAAUACCUUUGCAAGAUGGCCGUUCAACCCAUCAAACUUCGCAAAUCAAAUCUGACCAGGAUGUUCCUAUAGAUCCAUCAAUUGCUGCCUCCAGCCCAACUUACCCUCCCUACAACCCACAACACGCCACAUACUCGGCACAAGAACAGAUGCAUCACCCAUAUCCGCCCACACAUUCCGGCGGCUCGAUGUACUCGCAACCAAGACCCAAUUGGCACGGUUAUGCCGACCCCUCUGCACCCAAUCCUAAUGUCGCAAACCACCCCAACCACCCAAAUGUCGCGAAUCAUCCAUCCGGAAUGGUACCUGCUCCUUACACUUCUGCCAGUCCUCAAGCUCAGUCGCUCCCAGCUUCAGCUGGACGACCAAGUCAAGACGCGCGCCUCCCUCAGAUUUACUCAUUUGUUCCAAUCCCCGGAUCUAGUCAACAGAAGCGCCCUAGAAGACGAUUUGAAGAAAUUGAACGUAUGUAUAAGUGUGGACAUCAAGGAUGUGAGAAGGCGUAUGGUACAUUGAACCAUCUUAAUGCUCACGUAACCAUGCAAUCCCAUGGAAACAAACGAACACCAGAAGAAUUCAAAGAAAUUCGCAAAGAGUGGAAAGCUCGCAAGAAGGAGGAGGAACAGCAACGCAAGGAGCAAGAGGUUGCUCGUGCCGGUGGUGCUCCUGCUGUUCCCGAAGCCCACCCAGAGGCCGGCUCUGCGGCCUAUUCUCGGUCGACUGUUCAACUUCCACCCAUUUCUAACCCCAUUGGGUACCAGCCUGGUGCACAGGUUCCAAACCAAUACCAACAAAGCCAAGCACCAGCUUCUUCCGUUCAACAUUUACAAGGCUACGGCAAUGCCCAACCAAACAUGGAUCACUACACCGGGUACCCAGCUUCACCUUACGGGUCUUCAAACCAUAUGUACAGCCACCAAUCUAAUCCAGCUCAAACUAAGUAUGAGCAUUAAGUUGUAUCAUAUGUAACAUAUCUAGUUUUGCGUUUGAGGUUGUUUGGUUUUGCAAGUUUUCCUUUUCAAAGUUUUUUUUUUAGAAGGACCUUUUCUAUUCGGUUCGCUGCCGAACAUGAUGCAAAUAUUUGAUGAUCACGUUCUAUGUGGAAAACACGGUACAUGGGGUGGUAGAUGGUUGUAUUCUCUUGCAUUUGGUUAUGGCUGUUACUACCUCCUUGGGGGAUUGAAUACACGCCACUUUUUUUUCUCCAUUACUUUACACGCGAACGGAACGGGGCUGGGGAGUUGAAAUACACGCAUGAGGGGUUUGAUCCGGGUGUGGCUUUUAGGCUUCAUGAUGCGUGAAAACAAAAGGUCUUUUUUUUUUGUUGUUUUUUUCAAGUUACAGGCAAAGAAAGGAGAUGGGGCAUUCAGAUUAUUCUGCCGGGUUUGAAGGUCUACAACAUUAUGUUUGCGGGCGAUGUUAUUCUAUUAGUUUCGAUGGAUAAACCAAUAGUCUAAUAGCAUUUUCGCAAAAUUAUUUUGUUGUUGAGUCUGCAUAUUAUAUUGCAUGAGCGUUAGUGGGACAAGCUUAGGGCAAAGGUUCAUGUACCACAAAGCGGCCAAUGAUAAAUUACGUUGUUGGGAGUUGUUAGUUAGUACGAUAAUCAAAGAAUCAUGUCGAUUUCUAAAAACUAUGAAGGUGUCUAGAUGUAGGAAGGAGUUAUUGAUUGUUUUGUUCGGGUGUAUAUAUGUGUAUGUGUGA